AUGACUGCUCCGGUGACAAUUCCAUGUGGGCACAACUUCUGCACAGGUUGCUUAGAAGGGAAGUUCGCAGGGGUUGCACAUGUGAGAGUCAGAAGCAGAGGCGGACGCACACUUCGUUCUCAAAAGAACGUCACAAAGUGCCCUUGUUGCCCAACCGACAUCUCUGAGUUUCUUCAGAAUCCAGAGGAACAGUUUAUAACUUAUUUGUGGAUAAACAUCACAACUCAACUUAAACUAUCAGAUGAUUGUCUGUUGAAGUUGCGUAACUCAAAAGGGAAACACGCAAAACUGUUGAGCGACAUGUGCAAGUUCUACAGAGAUUGGCACGUCAAAUCUGAUGGUGUUUAUGGAGUGUACCUCCACGAUCCGGUCAGCUUUGUGGCUGUAGUACGACCUGAUCUAUUCACAUACAAGAAAGGAGUUGUUCGAGUGGAGACUCAACUACUCAAGGCCUCAAGAGGAAUGUUUAUUGCGCAGGCUUUCUUUGAUUUGGAGAACACCAACCAGGAGCUGAAAAGUGACUUGAAAUAUCUUCACUUGGAUAUUUCUGGCAACCGUAAGGCUGUUGUGAUCUACGUUCCAAUUAGAUUGAGGAAAGCUUUCCGCAAGAUUCAUUCUCGUCUUGUCAGAGAGCUUGAGAAGAAGUUCAGUGGCAAAGAUGUUAUGUUUGUCGCCACCAGAAGAAUUGUGCGUCCCCCAAAGAAAGGCUCAACUAUUCAGAGACCACACAACAGAACUCUCACUUCUGUCCAUGAAUCAAUGCUCGAGGAUGUUGCUUACCCUGCUGAAAUUGUCUAUUUGGACGUUAAGGAGAAGAACAACACCGAGUACAAGCUUGAGUCGAUGGUUUGUGUGUACAGGAAACUUACUGGAAGAGAUGUAGUUUUCGAGUACCCAGUCGAAGCUUGA